AUGAGCGGGCUGCGGCGGCUGUUCCGCGGCAGCGGGCGGGCCCUGGCCCUCGUGUUCGCCGCUUCGGUGGCCUGGCUGCUGCUCGACAUGGCCGCGCUGCGCCUCUCGCUCGGCGAGGCGGGCGGGCGGCUGCUGCGGGAGGCGCCCCGCGCCGCGGGCCCCACGCUGCGGGCAACGCCGCAGGGAGACGUGGAAAGCCCAGAGAACCUGCUGAAAAGAGCAGCGACCGUGCCCACGCAGAGAAUGCCGCUGCUGGGGCCACUGCCGGGGGUGGCCGGAGCCGGACGCCGGGGACGACACCAGGAGCAGCGCCUGGAGCAAAUGGCACUGGCCGGGAUGGGCAGGAACGGAGGGGAGCAGCUCCUGGAACGAAUGGAUGGGCAGGAACAGCAGGGAGCAGCUCCUGGAGCAGCUCCUGGAGCAGCCGGCGCUGCCCAGGAUGGGCAGGAACAAGCAGGGAGCAUCCCAGGGAUGCACAGAGUCCUGUCCAUGGAUAUAACGCUCGCCCCGAGAGACCCCCGAGCUCCCGGCCAGUUUGGAUACCCUGUUGCUGUGCCUGAUGACAAACAAGAAGAAGCAAAAAGUAGGUGGAAAGAAGGGAACUUCAAUGCCUACCUCAGCGACCUGAUCCCUGUGGAUCGAGCCAUUGCCGACACCAGGCCUGCCGGGUGCUCUGAGCAGCGGGUGCACGAUGACCUGCCCAGCACCAGCGUCAUCAUGUGCUUUGUGGACGAGGUGUGGUCGGCGCUGCUGCGCUCGGUGCACAGCGUGCUCAGCCGCUCGCCCCCGCGCCUCCUCGAGGAGAUCAUCCUGGUGGACGACUGCAGCUCCAAGGAGUACCUGAAGGAGCCGCUGGACGCGUACAUGUCGCGCUUCCCCAAGGUGAAGGUGCUGCACCUGCGCGAGAGGCACGGCCUGAUCCGGGCCAGGCUGGCCGGAGCUGAGAUCGCCACAGGCGCUGUGCUCACCUUCCUGGACUCGCACGUGGAGUGCAACGUGGGCUGGCUGGAGCCGCUGCUGGAGCGCGUCCGCCUGCGCCGCACCAAGGUGGCCUGCCCCGUCAUCGAGGUCAUCAGCGACAGGGACAUGAGUUACAUGACCGUGGACAGCUUCCAGCGGGGGAUUUUUACUUGGCCAAUGAAUUUCGGAUGGAGGCAGAUUCCACAGGAGGUCAUUGAGAAAAAUAAGAUCAAGGAAACUGAUAUAAUAAGGUGCCCCGUGAUGGCAGGUGGCCUGUUCUCCAUCGACAAGAAGUAUUUCUCUGAGCUGGGAAUGUACGACCCAGGACUGGAUGUCUGGGGAGGUGAAAACAUGGAGAUUUCAUUCAAGGUGUGGAUGUGCGGAGGGGAGAUCGAGAUAGUGCCGUGCUCCAGGGUCGGGCACAUUUUCAGGAAUGACAAUCCCUACUCCUUCCCCAAAGACCGGGUGAGGACGGUGGAGAGGAACCUGGCGCGGGUGGCCGAGGUGUGGCUGGACGAGUACAAGGAGCUGUUCUACGGCCAUGCCUACCACCUGCUGCACAGCGUGGACGUGGGCGACCUGAGCCAGCAGAUCCAGCUGCGGCAGAGGCUGCGCUGCAAGACCUUCCGCUGGUACCUGCACAACGUGUACCCCGACCUGGAGGCUCCCCUGGUCAAGGCCAGCGGGCAGCUGGUUAACGCGGCCCUGGCGGGGUGCAUCGCUGUGCAAGGCACCAGCCUGGCUUUUGAGGAGUGUGAUGCUAACAGCACGAACCAGAAGUUCAACUACACCUGGCUGAGGCUGAUCCAGCACGGGGAGCUGUGCCUGGCGCCCGCGGGCGUGCUGGGAGCCGUGGGGCUGCGCCCGUGCCAGGGCAGGAACCGCAGCCUGGCCUGGCUCCACGGGGCCCUGGCCAGCGUGCAGCCCGGGCUGAGCGCCCACCUGGUCUCGCAGCACCCGCGGCUCCCGCGGCCCCCGGCGUGCCUGGAGGUGGAUGCCGCGUUCCGGGCCCUGCGUGUGCGGGGCUGUGAUGCCAGGAACCCGCGGCAGCAGUGGCGCUUCAGCGCGUACCACGCGGACUGAGGGCACCCUGAGGGCUGCAGCGCAUCGCCGUGCCUGGCACGGGGCAGGGCAUCCCCAGGGGGAACUGGGACCUGCGAUGUGACACCUGCCCGUGGAGGGGCCCCAGCACCCAGAGCAGCACCUCUGAACGCAGUAGCGGCACUUCCCUCUCUGCAGGAGACUCUGGGGAAAACUCCUUUUCUGUGUUAUUAAAUGGAAAUAUUUUUGGAAAAAAAAAGUCCCCGCUCUUUCUCCUGCCCAGCCCAGCUCUGCUCAGCAGCACAGACAGAGGCACUCUGCCUGCCCCAGGGUGGUGUUAUCUUUUUAUACUAAAAACUACCUGUGCAAUAUUUACAAUUACUGCCCAAUGUGACAGUAUUCACAGGGGUCCCAGGAUGAGGGAAGAGAUGAGAAUCUGACUCCAUGUUUCA